GGUGGGUGCAUUUUCCAAAGGUCGCGUAACAGUGAGCAGGCAGCUUCAGUUGUAUUUAUAUAACUCAGUUGACUGCGUUCACAUUGUUAAGUGGACUUGAGGUUUUCCAUAUUCUCUUUCCUUUCGAUUUGCGUUUCGUUGAAAAGUAGUAAUACAAUACUGGUCUUACGAACUAAAGUCUCAGUUGCAGUUUAGUUUGCGCUAACCUAUCGGGUAUAGUAGCAAACCUUUCGGUCAAGAAUUGGUUUUACUCAUUUUCUUAUAACUUGCCUAUAUAACCCGUAUUGAUAACAAGGCUACAACCAACCACUUAGGUGGGUUGUCUGUUGAAUUUCCUAAUGGUAUAUAUACCUUAUAUCAACGAAAGCUUAAACUUUGUGGGAAGUAAUGUAAAACGCCUUCUCACGAGUUCGUCAAAUCCUUUGCCUAAAAUUCAACCUCCACCCCCAGCACCAUUGAUCUGUGCAGGAUCAAUGAUUGUGCGGCUAGCAGGAUUGUCUGGUGCUUUAGCUGUUAUAGCUAGUGCUUAUGGUGCCCAUGGUUUCGGAGAUGAACACGAGAAGCAAAGACAAGUCUUUAAAACCGGUGCCUAUUAUCAUUUAGUGAAUUCCGUAGCCUUGUUAAAUGCCCCGUUAUUUAAACAUCCUAAAGUGUCAGCUACGUUAUUCAUUGUUGGAACGAUACUCUUCUCUGGUUCGUGUUAUUAUGUCUCCUUGACCGGUGAUGAUCGUUUGUCAAGGGUAGCGCCUAUCGGUGGUAUGACGCUGAUAUUUGCCUGGCUUUCAUUAGUUUUCUAAAUAAUAAUAAUAUAAAACACUGCGAGAACAAACAUGCAUAUUUUUUAGAAAUUAACAGUUACUCACUACCCAUUAUCAUCAUUGACAUUUCAUAUACUUGUCGACAUAUCUCAUCCCACUUUGAUUUUAUACUCUACACACCCCAUCGAUGAAUAUAAUUAAAGAAAUCAU